AGAACACAGGUUUGUAGGAACAAAGAUGGACGUUGCGAUGGAGCAUCAGGGUGCGCAUCCGGAUCUAGGUGGGUUUUUAACAUCGACGCGAUCAGAUCAACGCCAUGGUGUGGGCGUGGUGUUGCUCUGGUGAUACUUUAGCGCGACUGGAGACUGACAUGGACCCAAAGGGAAUCCGUUGCAAAAUGGACAGAUGAGUGCACAUGCCGCCCGUUCACGAUCAAGCACUUCGGUCUCGUCGAGAGGUCAUCGUCGACCGCUCUCUCGUGCCUCGACAACCAGCUUCCACUCCACCAAUACCCAGGUCUCGCAACAUAAUGCUGCCGAUGCCAGCUUUGGAAUCGCUCAGCAGCAUCCUCAAGAUGCCAACACCUUCCCAUAUACGCACGAGGAAGGGCUGAUAUUGCAAUCAGCGCCUCAGUUAACGAACCCUCAUGGCUUCGUGCUCGACCCCGCCCUGCACGGCGGCAUGCCCCAUGGAAUGUCCUAUCCUGCCGAAGGAACAUUUGCAGAGAACAUGGCUGUAGCUCCUUCGCAUCCUCAACCAUACCCAUCGUUUGAAGAUACCCAACACGCAAUGUUUCAUGCGCACAACGCAGCAGCAGCCGCAGCAGCAGCCGCAAGUCGAAGCGCCAGUGUAGUCGAUAUGAAACCAGAUGAUACGACAAUUAAACCGAAAAAGGGAUCAAGUUCAAGUAUUGCCAAUGAUAAUGAGCUUCGUCGCCUUCACCGUGAAAAUAAGGGCCGUUCAAUCAAGGAGGUUGCCUGCGAAGUUUUAGCAAACGAGCGAGGGCCGAAGGCCGAAAAGACGAAGCAAGUCUUCGCCAUGCUCUGGCUUGACAAUGUUUGCAAGAGGAGCACGGGUUCUGUCCCCCGCAACCGAGUGUACUCGCACUAUGCCACCAGGUGCGGUACAGAGCGGGUUGUUCCCUUAAACCCUGCCUCGUUUGGAAAGCUCGUGCGAGUAAUCUUUCCUGGUAUCCAAACCCGCAGACUGGGGGUCCGAGGAGAGUCAAAGUAUCAUUAUGUUGAUCUUUCCUUAUCCGAUGACAAUCAGGACGGAUUAGAUGUAGAAAGAGCGGGCGGUCGUAAUGGAAGUAUAUCCUUGGGCCCGCCUGGAAAUUCUAAUAACAAUCCGAGGUCACAAUUCCCCGCCGACACAGCCGUUUUCCCUGGGCCCGGUUUGUCUUCCUUCGGCGCCUACUCGCAAGCUUUUGUGCAGCCCUCGGGAACCCGGCAACCAGUUUCAGGUAGCUUGUUCAUAGACCUACAAGGUUCGAGCAUUGAACGGAUUACUAGCCCCACCAACAUGAUUCAGCAGCAACUUCACUUCUCUAGCUCAAUUGAUGUGCCCUUGGAGGGUUACGAACCAGUAGUACUGCCGAAGAUUCAUGAAUAUACGCCGGAGAAGACAGAUACAGAUAUCGCCGACGCUUUAACAGCAUUAUAUCGAACUCACUGCACGUCUCUGGUUGACUGUAUACGAUUCUGCAAAGAACGACAAUUUUUCCGCCUUUUUACACAAUUCCACGGCACACUUACCGUUCCUGUGCAAAAGCUCCUGGCACACCCGAAUAUUGCUCCAUGGAUCGCGGAGUGUGAUCGGCUCAUGUAUCAAAAAAUGAUCCGAUUCGUAGCUCCGUUGGCGCUGCAGGUUAUCCCAAAGCAAGUUCUGGAUUUUUUGCGGCUUGUAUCAGAAAAGCUUUGCUCCCACAUCUCGGCGACCUUCCAGAACCAUCCGGCCCACUUAGUUCAAGCAAAGCUUAACCCAGCAGCGACUUUUGCCAGUCUUCUAAGCCGCCUGCUAAGAGUAAACGUAACUGCUCACGCAGCAGCAAACAUGCUCUGUAAUGAUGCCAACCGAGACCAGAUGUGGCACGAUUGGGUGCUUUUCCUGAGACCCGUCAAAGUCCUGGAGACUGUUCUGCCCAACUGCGGCUAUGCUGAAGCUCUUCGCAUCUUGACUUCGGACGUUCGAAAUGCCCUGGAGCCGCUCAAUACCGACCCUUUUCUCGAAGCUGGGACCAUUUAUGAAGCAGCCAGUUUUGCCUCUGCCAAUGCACCUGCACAGCCCCAAAGCAUUGGCGUAAAUGGCAAAUCCACAGAGAACUUCCUUGAGCGAUGGGCCGGCUUUCUCGCCGAUCUUCCCAAGCGAUUUCCCCAAGCCAGCACGCGGGUCCUUCUGCAAUGCAUCGAAAGCGUAGGCACUGCCGCACUGCGAGAUCUAACGAUAGCUGGAGCAAACAGCUUUGGUGCAUGGUGGGUAACCAAAGUCUGGGUAGAUGAAAUGAUCCGCUGGCUUGUUGAAAUGGGCGGCUUUCUUGACCCUCUUCCCCCAGCCAGCCCAAGCGCUACCGAAGUCGCGAUGCCAUCGGCAACGAGUAAUCAUUCUAUCAGUGCCGACUCACUAUUUGGCGGCGCCACUGCUGUUGGUGCUGCUGCUGCCGCCAAUGCAGGAAAUCCUCCUCGCCCGCAAAGCGGAAUGAGCACUCAUGCUGACAGCCGGUUCAGCAGCAUUGACGUUGAUUUUGGCACUGCGCCUGGCGGCCCAGAAGACAACAGCAAUCAAGAGCGCAAACCAGAACACUCCCACCAGCAGCAACAACUCCAUCAUGGAGGAGUUCAGCAUCAUAUUCAGCAACCCCAACAUCAUCACAGGCACUCAAAUUCUGCUCUAGACACUGCUCACCACGCUACUCCUGCCUCUGCAGGAUUCGGCGGCUCUGUUGUCGAAGAGCAGAACCACGAUGAUUCUGGGAUCAGUAUCCCGUUGUCGGACGAAGAUCUCGCGCUGGCAAAAUACGGCAGUUUCGUCACCGAGGGAGAUUCAGGUUCGGGCGCGAAUCUCGGCUCAGAUCCCACGGGGAGUGGCGACGUUGUGGUGUGUUGAGUGAACGCUCCCAUUUUCAACGUCACGACGCUCUCGUCCAUUUUGGGCUUUUCCACUUCCAAAAACCUUUGUCGCGGGAUUGGCGUUUCUGGAAUCAUCAAUUUUGUCUUUUUGUAUUCUUGGGCAGCUCCUAUUCCCUUAAUACCUUGCGUUCGUCUCUUUCUCCCCAAAUUUUGUUAAUUUUUGCUUU